AUGUGUCGUACUCACUUGAUAAUGAAGCAAGGUACAAGCGGGCAGAAAGGCGUUGAGCCUGACAAUGACAAUGCUAGGCCAAAUUUGAGAGCAAGGAUGAAGAAAAAAGAAAAAAUGAGUGCAUACGAAAGGGCAAAGAAGGUGUACGAGCAGAUUCAAGAGGAGAAACAGCAGCAAAGGUUGUUACGGAAGCAAGAGGAGGAGGAAAGACAGGCUGCUCUUGAGAAGUGCUCAGGUGGAGGUUUUAUUGGAGAAAAUAGAGCGGAAAGGGAAAUAAAUGUCUAUGCUGUUUCUUCUGAUACAUUGAUAGCGUAUCAUUUCAUGCGCCUCUGUAUCUUCGCAUCUGUUGAUUCAGAUACCUUUGUUAAGUGUCAGUUUGUUAAUUCACAGUGUUGUAUGCCUGGACAGCGUCGUCGUCCACCUCCUGGACAGAGCUUCCCUUUUCUGAGAAAGGGACAAGGUCAAAAAGCAAAGGUAAACUAUCCAGUUCUCAAUAAAGUUCGGACUCUUUCAACGACAGAUGCGCCGGAUGACACUGUACGCAGCACAGAAGGGAGCAGAGACAAUGUCGAUGUAAAGUCACUUCUCGGCAGAGAAGGUAGUCAUGGCGGAAAUAGAUGGGAUGGUUUCACUAAACCUAGAGACCUCGAGUGGCAGAUUCCUUCCUCUCGGAAAAAUGUCCAAACAGCUGACAGUGGUUUUGAUCAAGGAGGAAACCUUAAUAACGGUCUAGAGGCUGAUUUCUCAAAUGAUGACGAUAGUUCUCCACGUUCGUCUUCCAUUGAUACAGCGAACGUUGAACUUCGCAAAGGUGAUGCGUUUCGUAUUCAACAGGUUGCUCAAAGAAAGGACUACUCUUUUCCUGACCAUACUACAGCACCUUCUCCCAUGCUUGCGAGUACUCCGCAUCCUGAACAAGAAGUGGGGUCUCCACAGGGUUUACAGCCUAUCUCUUCUGAGACAUCUAUCCUAGGAGAUACAAGUAAUGUAGUGCAACGAGUAGAUGAUUCAGCAUCGUGCGUGGAUAGUGACCCUUUACGAGAAUCAGAGCAGAACUACGUGCGUUUAGGUUUCCGUCAUCCUGAAGUUGAAAGGACAGAUAUGGUGCGAAAACAGCGUGUUUCAAAAAAUAUUCGUACACCACAGAAUGAAAGACCAAUACAUUUCACUCAGGCGAACAAUGCUUACAAAAAGGCGAUUCCUUCACUGCUGCUGAAAGAUUCUCCUCAAGAGCAAAGUCCGAGAUACCCAGAUGUGGAAAGAAAAUUGAUCGGGCAGCUCCGAGAUGUUAUUGCACACCUUGACCUUGCUGAUGUUAAACAGCAAAUAAGAGCUAAAGAGUUGGAAGACGCAUAUGUGAGAUUCAAACAAGAUGUCCGUGAUUUCGAAUCUGAACGAGAAGCCGAGAAAGAGAGAACUUCACGUGUUCGGCGGCAGUUAGAACGAGAAAGAAAAAUUAUGAACAAAGACGGCAUAGAGCGAGACAAAGCGAUAUCAGAGCAGGUAGAAGAUUUGACGAAAACUAUCGGUCAAAAAGAUCGUCAGAUUUCCACGUUACGUUUGCGCUUGAGAAAACUCGAGGAGCUCGGAGAGUCAAAAGAUAAGGAACUAGAGGAAAACAAUAAAAAGAUGGAACGCAUGCAAAAAACGUGCAAAACUCUUCAGCGGGAAAUGGCACGGCUUCGAGCCACUUGUGCGAAGCAAUCACAAGAAAUGGCUGCUGAAUUACAGGCGGCUUCUACGCGUAAUAUAAAACCAAAAGGAUCUAUUGGAAUUCUACCAUCCCUGAAUAGAGAAGUUCGAAAAGAACCUUCCGUAGACGAUUCUGCACCUGAGAACCAAUUAACUACACAAGAACGGUCCAAGUUUGUCAGUUGGGCAGAUAAGGCAACUCCAUGGUCCAUUCACAAGCAUGCUAGUGCUACCCGGAAGGAAACAUACGAAAUGGAACUUGUGGAAGAAGGUACCGCUUAUUUCGGCCCGUGUCGUCUCUUCAAGAAUUGUGUAGGAGACUGGACAAAAGUGACUGCCACUGAUUGCGGCUGCGACUUCUAUGAGUACAGCAAUUCGGAUGUUCGGUGGUUCAGCUGUGAUCGUAGUGCUGAGGUCUAUUACUACGGUGUUAUGGGCGUUACAAUUGUUUCGUUAGCCAGUGGUCGCAGCAUUCACUAUUUUAAUGACGGACAGAUUGAAAUAUACCGACUAUCGGGGGAAAUAUCGAGGUUUGAUCCCGUCACUAGUCAGAGAACUGAGACUAUGUUGGAUGCGAACGGUUCUAGAUAUGUGGAAAUAUUCAACUGCACUGGGUACUGCAUACGAUUUGAUGGUGUUCAACACAUUACAGAACGUUUCGAGGAGCGAUCGUCCUACCGGGGACAUCCGCCAGACCGCCAUGUUUACAACCACUCCAACGUAGAACCGGAGUGGAUCGAACCAGAAUUCAGUGCUCGACGCUGUCCAGAUGGAUCUUUGAAGAUGAAAUUCGCAAACAUUAUGAUAUGCUGCAUCGGACUCGAAGAUGUAGGCUACGUGAAACAUACUACCCGCCUAGAAGAUGGAGUUGAGAAGAAAAAGAUGUGUGUUGAGUGGGGUCACGUGGCAAGAGCCAGGCAACGUCAGAUUGAGAAUCGGAAAUGCCAACAGUUCACUGCCCUCAGUGCCACCAUGUAG